AGUGUACAAGUGUUUGGCGAUGCUGCCGUCAGUUAGCUGCUGUGUGAACGGGUCUAAAUGUUGGCCCCGGCUGUCCUGUGUUCACCAACACAAAGAAACACGGCUUUUGUCUGUUUCUGACCUCAACCAGCGGGAUAUUUAACGGACACGUUUGCUUUUUAUUGUCCCCGGUGUUGAGUGUGUGAGUGAAGCUCUGACAGGCGGCUUUUUCUUCUCUGUGAGGCAUGUGAUACAGACAAGAGACCGAGGCGUGUUCGUGUCUCACGGAUGUUACCGGGAAAAGAAGAAGGAGCUUCAUUUGGUUUUCUGUCGACAGUGGAUGUGAGUCUAUCUCUCUUCAGCAGGACAUGACGGAGGAGAGCCGCUGCUGCUGGAUGUUCAGGGGCUUCUCUUUGCUAGCUGUUGAAUGGGAAACACCUAAAACAAGAGGAUGAACAAUGAGCCCGGAGCUCUGUAGUUUUACUUGGAUGCUGAGUGACUUGUCUUGUCUGAAACCGUUUUAAUCCCAGUGAAGUGGAGCCUAACGGGGGUUGAAAUACAACCGAAACACACGCAGGGAGGAUCAGUUCAGGCGCGGCCAGCCGAGCCAACGAUGUGGAUUACCUCCUGACUUGUUUGCCUUUGUAUCAAUAGACUGUCCAUAUAAAGUUGACGUAAGACUCGCAGGGACGAUAAGCCAGGCCUCUCCCCACUUUUAUUAUUUGCAUAAUAUUACUGUCGUUCAGAGGAGACACCCCGUCGACCUGAGGGACCACAUGUGCACACGGUGUCUGUGAAAGUGCACAGAGUGAACACAGCAACAGGGACAACCAUGGCGAACGACUCUGUUCAAAGCGACCCAGGUGGGCUGUCGGUUCUGGAGCAGCUCGGUCUGGACCAGAACUCCGAUUUCUCAGACUCCAGCGUUCAGCAGCUUCUGGAUGAGCAACGCGAAAGAAUCCGCAGAGAGAUUCGCAAGGAGCUAAAGAUCAAGGAAGGAGCGGAGAACCUGCGCAGGGCGACGACUGACAAGAGGAACGCACAACAGGUGGACAGUCAGCUGCGGUCUUCAAACCGCAGGCUGGACAAUCUGCACGCUCAGCUGCAGGAACUGGAUGCUCACAUUGUGGUGAAGGGAGGAGAGGAGAAUAAAGAUGAGUGUCCUCAGUCUCCUGGGGCAGAGAGUCGUACGUCAGCCCACAAGGAACGCAUCGCAGCUCUGGAGAGGCAGCUCAACAUUGAGCUCAAAGUCAAACAGGGCGUCGAGAAUAUGAUCCCAAUCUACGCCAAUGGAUCCACCAAGGAUAAGAAGAUGCUGCAGACAGCCCAGCAGAUGCUGCAGGACAGUAAGACCAAAAUUGACAUCAUCCGCAUGCAAAUCCGCAAAGCUGUUCAGGCCACCGAGCACAACGACGACACGCAGGCAGGUAACCAAGACCUGUGCGGGGUGGAGCUACGUAUUGAGGAGCUGAGGCAUCACUACAGGGUGGAACAUGCUGUUGCUGAAGGGGCCAAGAACGUCCUCAGGCUGCUUGGGGCCAACAAGGUUCAGGACAAGAAAGCUCUGUCUGAGGCACAGUCUCGUCUGAGUGAGUCGUCUCAGCGUUUGGACCUGCUGAGGGAUUCUCUGGACCAGCGUCUCGCAGAGCUGCCAGAGGACCAUCCCAAGGCCAGCAUCAUCAAAGAGGAGCUCGUCUUAGCCUCCUCACCUGCCUUCAGCUCCCGCCACGGCGCCCCCUACCUUCACAACCAGUACAGCACCCUCAACAAGCCCUCACCUCUCACUGGUACCUUACAGGUGCAGCUGCUGGGCUGUGUUGGGUUGUUGGAGGUGGUCCCCGGUCGCAAUAAAGGGACAGCCGUCAUGCUGCCCUGCUACAGUCCCGGAGACACCAGGUCCUUCAUGAGAGGCAGCAAAGGACUCUACGGACGCAGCGGCUCUGUCAGCGGAAAGACACCCAGCAAGACGGACGACGUCUCCUCUGAGGUGAGUGCGGUGCUAAAGCUGGAUAACACAGUGGUUGGCCAGACAGCUUGGAGGACUGUGGGAGAACAGGCCUGGGACCAGACCUUCACUGUGGAGCUGGAGCGGUCGAGGGAGAUGGAGAUUGCGGUUUACUGGAAGGACUACCGCUCACUGUGCGCCUUGAAGUACCUGAAGCUGGAGGAGUUUCUGGACAACCAGAAGCACAGAGUUCAGCUGGAGCUGGAGCCUCAGGGCCUGCUGCUGGCCGAGGUGACCUUCUUUAACCCGGUCAUUGAGAGAGUCCCACGUCUCCAGAGGCAGAAGAAAGUCUUUUCUAAGCAGCAAGGCAAAGCGUUCCUUCGGGCUCGACAGAUGAACGUGGAUAUUGGGACGUGGGUGAGGCUGCUGCGAAACGCCAUCCCCACCGUCAACAACUCGGGGACCUACAGCCCCAAUGCACACAGCCUGACACUCAACUCUGGGGAGAUCUCAGUGGAGAAGUUAAGUCUGGACAGCGAUUCUCCCAUAAGAGGCGAUUACAAGAGAGACAUGGACACAAACACUCCGGUGAGACAGACAGAGAGAGAGGAAACCCAGGAAACAGGGGAGGACCGACUGCAAGUCAUCGAGCCUUUCUCCCCCCGAGACCUCACCCCUGAGUCCCCUAUCCGAACCCCAUCUGUCAGCAGCAAGCAGAAGAAAGGUCCUCUGUCUCUCCAUGACUUCAGGCUGAUCGCUGUGUUGGGCAGGGGACACUUUGGGAAGGUGUUGUUGUCAGAGUACAAGAAGACAGGCACGAUGUUCGCCAUCAAAGCCCUGAAAAAAGGGGAUAUCGUAGCUCGGGAUGAGGUGGAAAGUUUGAUGUGCGAGAAGCGCAUCUUUGAGAUCGUGAACAUGUCGCACCACCCCUUCCUGGUCAACCUGUUUGCCUGUUUCCAGACACCAGAACAUGUGUGUUUUGUGAUGGAGUACACAGCAGGAGGCGACCUGAUGAUGCACAUCCACACAGACGUCUUCACAGAGCCGCGAGCCGUGUUUUAUGCAGCCUGCGUGGUUCUUGGACUUCAGUUCCUCCAUGACCAUAAGAUUGUGUACAGAGACCUCAAGCUUGACAACCUGCUGCUAGACACAGAUGGUUAUGUGAAGAUCGCUGACUUUGGACUGUGUAAAGAAGGAAUGGGAUAUGGAGAUCGGACCAGCACAUUCUGUGGGACUCCAGAGUUUUUGGCCCCAGAGGUCCUCACAGAUACCUCCUACACUCGAGCAGUCGACUGGUGGGGAAUGGGGGUCCUCAUCUAUGAAAUGUUGGUGGGAGAGUCUCCAUUCCCAGGAGACGAUGAAGAGGAGGUGUUUGACAGCAUUGUGAAUGAUGAAGUGCGCUACCCACGCUUCCUCUCCACUGAAGCUAUUGGCAUCAUGCGAAGGCUGUUGAGGAGAAACCCAGAGAGAAGACUGGGUUCUGGUGAGAAGGAUGCAGAGGAGGUGAAGAAGCAGCCAUUUUUCAGAAAUGUGGACUGGGAGGCGUUGCUGCAAAGGAAGGUGCCCCCGCCAUUCGUCCCCUCUAUUGGUGGCAAGGAAGACGUCAGUAACUUUGACGAGGAGUUCACCACCGAACCGCCGACGCUCACGCCUCCACGCGAGCCCCGUGUGCUCUCCCGCAAAGACCAGGAAAGCUUCCGGGACUUUGACUACGUCUCUGACCUCUGCUAGUGGGCCGAAGCCCGCAGAUCUCGAGGAAUGUUGAAUUUUAUUUUAUUUUUUUUGAAGGCUUCGCGACGGUUGUAGCCAGAGCGGACUGACUGUCUCUACUGACCGUCAGCGCUCGUCUGCCGUCAUUUACACUGUGAACGAAUGCAGAGAGACCGAAGACAGACGGUCUGAGUUUUGUCUGUCUGCAGGGUUUUUAAGGUCAUGGACUGAGGAAAAAAUGAAAAAGCGGGACAGAAAGUCGCUGCGGUUAAAUGUUCCAUCACAAACAAAGAUAAACAAAGGCCCACUCUCCAGUCAUUGUACAACAACAGUGAGCUGUGUAUCCUGCAAACAUUAGUCUUUAAAAUGCCUCCUCCAUCCUCCUGUGUGUCAGUGUAGUCACCUGUGCAGCUGUGAGAGCAGGAGCUUGCUGUGUUUUUGUACUAUUGACUGCUUAGGGGUUGCUCUGUGGCCUCUCAUACCAAUGCCUUACAUUUGUACUUGUAUUUGUUCCACUGAAAAGCAUUUUGUUUUUAUUCCAUGGCCCUCUGUAUACAGCGUGAUACCUGCAGAAAUAAUGACAUUCAGAAGGUAUUUGUGCUCAGAGCUUUUCUGACACUCGUAAGAUUAUGACCCUCGAUCUUUCUGACUGAUGCGAGGUGAAUUAUAGUUAACUAUGGGGUAAAGAACCACUGUCUGACUUCACUGCAGCGGACUUUUCUUUGGAUGUCCACCAACUACUUUUUAAAAUUGUGCUGCUUGGAUUUUACAACAGCAAUUUGCAAAUAAGUAAUAUUUAAUGAAUCCUCUGUGCAUUACUUAAUACAAAAUAGUUUGGUUUUUUUUAGUUGGGUUUUAGAAACAGUUUUAUACAAACAUGUGUAGCACACACACACAGACAACCAUCAGCAUAAAAGCUAUCUGGCAAACAGGUUAUGUCAACAAAAGAAAACACUAAACUGAUGUAACAGACACAUUCAUCCAGUUCUCUACAUGCUAGUAGGGUUUUGUGAACAUGAAGUAAGUAAUUUCCCUCCAACGCGAUUCAAUUUUAAAACUCACUGACUGUAAGAAUUGUUUUAGUGUCUGUUUUGAGAGCUGAGGCCACCAACAGACUGAAAUCCACCCGCUGUGCUCACUCACUGCAGCGUCCCGAAACUGAUUGAUAUCUAAGUACUUGUGGGAAAUUUGGGUGGUGCCAUAAUCAAAACAAACCUCAUUAAAUGCUUUUCCGCUGUGGAACCAAUUAGAGCGCUCAGAGCAGUGAGUAGAUCCCAGUUUUCUUGGCAAUACAUUUCUAAAUGAACAAUAACAUUAGAGGACAACACAAUGAUAAAUGUUAGAUAUGAGCCAGUGGUAAAAAAAAGAGGUUACAGGAGAGGUUUGUUGUGAUGCUGUAUGUAUGAUGGUGUGGAUUUUACUUAUCUUGUGUACGACAAUACAAAACCAUGUGAGCCUAUGAGAUGACUUAUUUUAUAAAGAAAACCUGGAGUGAA